UACGCCCGUAGUUGAUGCCACACACAGCCAUACGAUCCCGCCUACCGGGUUCACCCGAAUACUUAGAAUGCAUUUGUUUAGAGUUUCGCCACCGAGAUAUUUAUGUUGACGUCUCACCAACUUAAAAAAAAGCAAUCCCCUCACCCGAAGCAGUUAUUAAAAGCGAUUUAAUUCCGCGUCUGCCUCGUUUAAAUAUGGCGCCCGCACGCAUGUCCCCGCCCACUCCCGUGACGUCACCAGUGGUUCAAUAUGGCGAUUUCGAAGUAAUUGUGCGUCAACGUAUCUGUAUGUUCUUGCCCGAUUUUCCCAGCAUGGCAACCCAAAAACCUGUAGAAUGGGUCACGGCUCUCAUCAUAAGAUUCGAAGAACAGUUGCCAUGUCGGACAGGCCCACAGACACAACAUUCAAGAUUUAAUGUAGAGCAAAAUAAGGAAUGCCUAAUCCAAAUCAGUCGAUAUAAAUUUAAUCUUGUUAUUUCUGGGCUGCACAAAAUUCUUCAGAAAGUUAAUGAUAUGUUUGUUACUUUUUUCCAGCGAUCACACGGCCCUGACUUAGAAAAAAAUUAUUAUGAGUCGCUAUUAAUAGUGCUUGAUACGUUAGAAAAAUGUCUCUCAUCACAACCAAAGGAUACUACAAGAGAUGAAGCUAUGAAUGUGAAGCUUCUACUUAGGGAAACCUGCCAGUUUAUUGAUCCGCCAAAUGACCAUCCAAUGGUCGUGCAGCUGAAAAACCUUGCGUCGAAGGUUUUAUUUGCACUCAGCUUAAAUAAUUUCUUAACUGUCUUCAAUAGAAUAUCGGCUAGGUAAGUAUAAUUUAAGUCUAGUAUUUACAAUUGUUUAGUUCAC